AUGGAGAACAUGUUUGAGAUGUCUGACUUAGGCCAAAUGACAUAUUUCCUAGGAAUGGAAGUGUUUCAAACUGAAAAUGGAAUCUUCUUAGGACAGAAAACUUUUGCUGCAAAGAUCCUAAGCAAGUUCUCUAUGGAGAAUUGCAAGCCAGUAAGUACACCUGUGGUUGUUGGAACAAAGUUAUCAAGUCAAGUGGAUAAUGAAAAGCAUUUUCGAGCAGCAAAAAGAGUACUUAGGUACAUCAAAGGUACCCUGAGUUAUGGCCUGUUGUAUAGCAAGACUGAUAGGCUAAGGCUAGUUGGCUAUACUGAUAGUGACUGGGCAGGCUCAAAAGAUGACAUGAAGAGCACUUCAGUUCAGAAGAGAAACUGGCGGAUAUUUUUUACAAAAGCCCUUAGUUUGACACGAUUCCUUCAUUUGAGAGCUGAAAUGGGAGUAUGCAACAUGCUAGCCAAGGAGGAGAGUUGA